CCAGGACUCCAAGAUGGCGUCGCCCGUACCAGUGAAAGAGAAGAAGCUCAUGGAUAUGAAGCUAGGAGAGCUGCCAGGCUGGAUACUGAUGCGAGAUUUCACCCCUAGAGGCAUUGCUGGCGCAUUUCAAAGAGGUUACUACCCAUAUUACAACAAGUAUGUCAAUGUGAAGAAAGGGAACGUUGCUGGGAUUUCUAUGGUACUGGCAGCUUAUGUGCUUUUCAACUAUUGUCGGUGUUACAAGGAACUCAAACAUGAGCGGCUAUGCAAGUACCACUGAUGAGGGCCCAGUG